AUGCCUUACCUCCCAACCUCCCAGGCAUUCCUUGAGCAAUCUGCUCUCCUUCUAGAAGCAUACCCUGACACACGCAUCACAACAAAAUACAGCUUCCCCACCGAACGCCCCGCACAACAACUCAAGCGCAAAAAGUCGCAAGCAAAGAAAGAAGCAAAGGGUAAUGCCAACAGCACAGAACCCGGAUCCGAACCCACUGCACCAGUUGCAUCUCUCGUCUUGAAAACCUACCACCCCUCCACUGGUAUCUGUCUGAAGUACCAAACGAACAAGCUGCAGGAAGUUGGCCGGUUGAUGACUGGAUUGGGCAAGUUGGCGGGUGGUGCGGAUGUAGCUAGUUUGGGGCUUUCGGGGCCUGGGAAUGCGGGCGAUGUUGAGAUGGGAGACGCAGAAGAUACUGCUGGUGCGGUGGCGCAGGGUGCUGCUGCGACACCGGCUGCGGGUGGGAAGACGGCUGGGAAAGGGAAGAAGAAGGGUGGGAAGGGGAAGCGAUAG